AUGGAGCAGUCGUCUAACGUUCAUCUUCUUGAUCUACCAAAUGAAAUAUUGUUCAUCAUCUUGAAGCAACUUGGCAACAUUGAUGUCCUUUAUUCUCUUUUUGGAAUUAAGAAUGAACAGAUUGGCGCUUUAAUAGAAGAUGAUGUAUUUACUAGCAUUCUCAAUUUUGUAAGAACACCAAUUACUGAUGACAAACUUAAUCGAUUUUGUACUUCUAUAUUACUUCAAAAGCAUAAUUAUAUAAGAAAACUCAUUCUCGAUACAACAUAUAUGGAACGUAUUCUUCUUGCUGGGGAUUAUCCAAAUCUAACUUAUUUGGAACUUUUCAAUUUCGAACAACAGAUAGUUUUUCGUAUUUUUACAGAUAACUUAGCGUUUCGACCUAUUUUUCAAUCUCAGAUAAGAGAUCUUAUUCUUCGUAAUAAUGAUGGGUAUCGUUUUGGAACAUCAUUCGAGAUUUACAAUAGAAAUAUUUAUGCACCCAUCAUGGAUCUCUUCCAAAAUCUAAAGAAUUUGGCAAUUGUUGCGUCAUCUGUGAACGAAUAUUCGUCUUUGUUCCUAUAUUAUGUACCAUCAGCUACACAUUUCGCUUCAACGUUUACUGUAUUAAUGUGUUUUGCUUUACAGAUUGUCUCUCUUUACUGGAUGGUCGUCUCAAACAACUAA